AUACCUGCAGAAAUCUUUGUCUACAUCUCCCAGGGAACGGCUCUGUGUCAUCUUCAUGUGCUAGAAGGUAUAAGAAGACGAAUUAUUGGUAUAAAAAGUGGUUGAAUUUCCAGGUCCACAUCUUGUUCUACGACAUCAGCAAUCAUCAAUUCCGCCUCUUCACUUCGACAUCCCCAAUAGGACUGUAAAAUUGUCUCUCACCUGGCUCCUUAAUUCAAGGAAUCACAAUGCCAUCAACCGAAUUACCCCGCAUCAGGGCCUGUCUUUUUGACAUGGACGGUCUCCUGUUAAACACAGAAGAUAUCUACACGACCAUCACAAAUUCUGUUCUACAAGAAUAUGGGAAGCCUAACAUGCCAUGGUCUCUUAAGGCCCAGCUACAAGGUCGGCCUGCUCCUGAGGCGACGAAAAUCUUCCAUGAUUGGGCACAUUUACCAAUUUCACGAGACGAAUAUGCAGCCAAAAUAGCAGAAAAGCAACAAAAGCUCUUUCCCGAGGCUGCACCAUUACCCGGUGUUGUGAAAUUGCUUAAUGAUCUUCAUGCCACAAGCAACACCUCUCAACCUGUGUAUAUUGCCUUGGCGACAUCGUCUCACAAACGAAAUUAUGAACUCAAAACCGGCCACUUACAGGAUCUUUUCUCUCUAUUCCCCAAAUCUAGGCAGGUCUUAGGUGAUGAUCCACGUAUUGGCAAAGGGCGCGGAAAGCCAUUGCCGGAUAUUUACCUGCUUGCUCUGGAGACUAUCAACCAGGAGCUGUGCGAGAAGGAAGAAGAGCCUAUCAAACCCGAAGAAUGUCUGGUCUUUGAGGAUGCCGUACCCGGUGUCGAGGCUGGUCGUCGUGCAGGAAUGCAGGUUGUUUGGUGUCCGCAUCCGAAUGUUCUGGAUGUGUAUAAGGGUCGAGAGGAGGAGGUUCUCGCGGGUCUUACUGGAGAACACAAGGAGGAAGAAAAGACCGAUGCUGAGAAGGAAGCGGAUGAAUUGCAGGGCGAGCGCUUGGCUCAGACUAAUAAUUCGGGUACGCCGGGGAAGCUGAAUGAUGGGUUUGCUCGUAUAUUUUCUACGCUGGAGAAUUUCCCGUAUGGGGAGUAUGGAAUUGUGAUUCCAUAGAGUUUGAAGAAAAGUUUGUGAUUUAUACAUCGGCAUUCUGCUAGAUAGAUGAGAAUGUUCAUAUAGACAGAAUAGACAUAUCAAUAGGUCAUCCAGAGCCCCGGAUGUAGCUACACAAAAAUCAACAGAGCUCACAUAUGGCUAUCUAAUCAUAUGUGAUAGCCUGCCCCUGAUGGUCUUCAUAUCUCCUCCAGCUAAGGAAAGAGAAUACCAACUCUCUGCUCUACAUGACGAUUCAUACUCCAUAUCUUUCCCCCUUCACUUGUUGCUGGGCCUCUGAAGAGUUACUCCUAGUGGCUACCUUGAGAGGGGCUGGGA